AUGGUAGUUUCGAUUGGAUUCGAGGGUAGUGCUAAUAAAAUCGGCGUAGGAAUCGUCCAAGAUGGAGAAGUGCUGGCCAACGAACGAGAAACGUACAUCACUCCACCCGGGGAAGGAUUUCUACCAAAGGAAACAGCACAGCACCAUCGUUCCAAGGUGUUGGAUAUUCUAAAACGAGCCUUAAGCGUGUCGGGCAUAACACCGAAAGAUAUCGAUGUUGUUUGUUAUACCAAAGGCCCAGGAAUGGCACCACCUCUUCUGACCGUAGCCAUAGUCGCAAGGACCGUCGCACAAAUAUGGAACAAACCUAUUUUAGGUGUAAAUCAUUGCAUUGGGCAUAUUGAGAUGGGCCGGUUGAUAACGAAGGCUGCAAACCCAACUGUACUUUACGUGAGCGGUGGAAAUACCCAAAUUAUUUCGUAUGCCUGUAAGAGGUACCGAAUAUUCGGCGAAACUAUCGACAUUGCCAUCGGCAACUGUCUCGAUCGGUUUGCGCGUAUAAUCCACUUAUCUAAUGAUCCUAGUCCAGGCUAUAACAUCGAGCAGAUGGCAAAAAAGGGCAAGAAUUACAUUUCGCUGCCGUAUUCGGUGAAAGGUAUGGACAUGAGCUUCUCUGGUAUACUGUCGUAUUUGGAGCAGAAAGCUCGUCCUAACAGAAAGAUGGCCAAAAACAAAUCGAAUGUGGAGGAAAAAUCGUGGACUGACGAGGAUUUGUGUUUUUCGCUGCAAGAAACGUUGUUUGCGAUGCUGAUAGAAACGACGGAACGUGCUAUGGCGCAUACGGGUUCGAAAGAGGUGCUAAUAGUGGGUGGAGUCGGAUGUAACAUUCGUUUGCAGGAAAUGAUGGGCAUAAUGUGUGAGGAACGUGGCGCAAAGCUGUUUGCCACAGACGAGCGCUUCUGCAUAGACAAUGGAGUAAUGAUUGCACAUGCCGGUUGGGAAAUGUUCCGCAGCGGAACGCGAAUGUCCUGGAAUGAUGCGACCAUAACGCAACGUUUUCGUACGGAUGAGGUGGAAGUCACAUGGCGCGAUGAUUGAGUGUCAUUGAGACGAGUAAAAUUUUAAUAAAA